AGUGGAGGAGCAUGCACUUGCAGUAGCAGCAUGCGGCUGAUCUCCUGCUAGAGGGCGUAGCGUUUCGGUGUGCAGCCUAUCCAAUGACUGGGCUGCAUGUGCCUUCACUCAGCCUUGGAGUAAACACGCUGCCGCCUCCUCAACCAAUGAAAUAGACGACGUACCAGUUCCUGCUCUUAUAAAUGUGCAGGGAUCACCGACACUUGAUACCGGAGAAUGAGAGAGACACUAGCGAGAUAUCACACGACAAGACAUUGGACCUCUAAGUCCUCUAGUUUUUAUUUCGAUUUCAUCGUUGUUCCAGGUGUGUUAUAGAAGGAGAUAAGAUGGCUACGUCCUCAAGCGCCACGUUGAGUAAAACUGUGAAGCAGCAGUACAUGGAGCUCCCUCAGGGGGAUAAAGUCCAGGCCAUGUACAUAUGGAUUGAUGGAACAGGAGAGGGGCUCCGCUGCAAAACCAGGACUCUGGAUUUUGAGCCAAAAAGCAUCGAAGAUUUACCCGAGUGGAACUUCGAUGGCUCCAGCACCUCCCAGUCUGAGGGCUCCAACAGCGACAUGUAUCUGAUGCCUGCUGCCAUGUUCCGGGAUCCAUUCCGUAAAGACCCCAACAAGCUGGUGCUCUGUGACGUGCUCAAGUACAACCGCAAACCUGCAGAAACCAACCUUCGUAUCACAUGCAAAAAGAUAAUGGAGAUGGUGGAGGAUCAAAUUCCCUGGUUUGGCAUGGAGCAGGAGUACACUAUUCUGGGCACAGACGGACAUCCUUUUGGCUGGCCAUCUAAUGGUUUCCCUGGACCACAAGGUCCUUACUACUGUGGUGUUGGAGCUGACAAAGCCUAUGGCAGAGAUGUAGUGGAAGCCCAUUACAGAGCUUGUCUGUAUGCUGGAGUCGACAUCUGUGGCACAAAUGCAGAAGUGAUGCCUGCUCAGUGGGAGUUCCAGGUUGGACCUUGUGAAGGCAUCAACAUGGGGGAUCAUCUCUGGGUGGCGCGCUUCAUCCUGCACCGUGUCUGUGAAGACUUUGGCGUUGUUGCCUCAUUUGACCCCAAGCCCAUCCCGGGUAACUGGAACGGUGCUGGCUGCCAUACAAACUUUAGCACAAAAGAGAUGAGGGAAGAAGGUGGAUUAAAAGCUAUUGAAGAAUCCAUUGAGAAGCUUGGGAAGAGGCACAGCUAUCACAUCCGUGCCUAUGAUCCCAAAGGGGGUCUCGACAACGCCCGCCGUCUCACCGGCCACCAUGAAACCUCCAACAUCCACGAGUUCUCCGCAGGCGUUGCCAACCGUGGCGCCAGCAUCCGCAUUCCUCGCAUGGUCGGCCAGGAGAAGAAGGGCUACUUCGAGGACCGCCGUCCAUCUGCCAACUGCGACCCGUACGGAGUGACCGAGGCUCUGAUCCGCACCUGUUUGUUGAGCGAGGAGGGAGACGAACCUGCGGAAUACUAAACCCACAACUCAGUGACUCACUUCCACUGCCCUCCCUGACAUUAUCUUUUAAACUAGUACUGUAUUUUUUUCUCCCGCUGAAAAUUUAACUUUCAUGUAAUGGCUAAAAGUUGGCUGGUCAACUUAAAAUAUGACAAGGUAAUGAUGUCCUUGGUAGUUAUGCGCUGGUAAUGGCAAGGUAUGCCUUUCCCCUGUCUUUAAAAGGGAUUGGCUUUUGUAACACUGUUUUCUAGCCCAUGUCAUAUCUUUCCCUUUCUGUUUCUUGGUGACUAAAAUGAACUAAAAAGCACAUGGACACUGAAGAGUAGCGCUGCUAAGCUGGACAGCAUGUGUAACUAAAAGAAUCUGAGCUCAUGUACUGUUAAUAUAUGUUGACCUGCCUUUUCAAGUAUCCAGUCUUACAUGUUACUAAUUCUUUGAUUUAUGAAGUGUCUAUUUUUAAAUGGCAAUGUUUUGACACACUGGGUCAACUUGUAAGGUACACUUUGUAGAUGUCUGUAGACUCUGUACCCAGAUGUUUGUUGUUCAAAUGUGGUGGAUCUGUCCAUAAUGCCAUUUGUAGAUUUCCUCAAGGAGUUUUAUCCUUUUGUUAACUGAGAUAUUGUAAUGCACCUGAUUUGGUAAAACAUCAUGUUUACUGGACCUGGUGUUUUUAUUGAAACAUUUAAAACUUUUAUUUUAUCACAA